AUGAUACGCUUUGCUUCUACUGGCGGAGAAGCCUUCCCUUUACAAUUUCAAUCCCUAUCAGAACAACCAGUAGAUCUAAGCCAAGCUUUUGGAAUCGGAGAUAUGGAAAUUGAGGAAGAAGACAUUUCUUGCUUUCACGAUUCAACACUACCGACACCGAAACAGAAACUUCAGAUGAGUCAUUCUGCUACCAGCAGUGAGGACUUCCCGUCGCAAUCACAAUCUUGGUCACAACAACUAGAAGUAGAUUUAAGCGAAGCUUUUGAAAUCGAAGAUACGGAAGUUGAAGAGGAAAUUGCAUGUUACAACAGUGGUUUUAUGAUCCCUUCAUCAUUGAAUUUGAAAGGCCUAAUAUCAGGAUUGAAAAUUUCCCAAUUUAUCAGGUCUCGACCAUUACAUAGACGUAUUAUUGAAUUAAGAACUGGUAUUUCAUUAAAUCCUCCACCAAGAAAAAAACAAAAAAUCGAAUUGAAAGAGAUUAACCAUAAUGAAAAUGGGCGUCAAACUAGGCUCAGUCCUUUAAGUCAAACUUAUUCACAUUAUGAUGACAAUAUUCCAAAUGACAGCAAGAUUGAAGAAACUGAAACCGAAGUUGAAUGUGAUCAAACAGAAGAAAAACUGAAAUCGAGCUAG